AUGGGCAAUUGGCUCCAAGUUCUGGCAGCAUUGCUCAUGUGUCUCCAUGAUACAACAGCAGCUGUUACCCUGACUCAGCCAACCUCCAUCUCAACCUCCCCGGGCAACACCGUCAAGAUCACCUGUAUCAUGUCCGGAGCCACGAGGUCAGGCAACUAUUGGACGAGUUGGUACCAGCAGAAGCCUGGCAGCGGCCCUGUGUUUGUUUGGGAUGAGACCAGAGGCACCGCUGGCAGUAUUCCCGGUCGAUUCACUGGUUCUGUGGACUCCUCAAUGCAUUUAACCAUCAGUGGUGUUCAACCAGAGGAUGCCGCCGAUUACUAUUGUGGUGCCCAGUAUGCCCACAGUCCAUAUAACUUCUUGUUCGGUACAGGGACCAAGUUGAGUUUGAGACACCCGCGGGGCCCUUCGGUGACUGUCCUUCCGCCUUCACCAGAUCAAAUCACAGCAAAGAACAAGGCGACCCUGGUGUGUCUGGUGAAUGAUUUUAUCCCGGGAGCUGUGGAGGUCGAGUGGACUGUGGAUGGCAGUGCCAGAAGUCAAGGUGUGGAAACCAGUGCGAUCAAACAGCAGGCGGACAACACGUACAGUGUGAGCAGUUAUCUGACUCUGCCAACCUCCGAGUGGGAGUCACACGACCUGUAUUCCUGUGUGGUCAAACACGAGACUCUGGCCACUCCGCUCGAAAAAAGCAUCGCCAGAUCCAGUUGUACCUAAACCAGGAAUGUGCACCGAUAGUCGAUUGAA